UUUCUAUGUACUACUUACAGAAAGCUCGUCUUCCUCUCCUCCUCCACCACCACCACCUUCUCCUCCUCUUCCUCCUCCUCACUGAGCGACGCCGUUACAAAGUAGACGAUGCACUUUUAUUUCCGCAGCGCCGAUUAACCAGCACUUGAGUGACAACAAGAGGUUCAUACGGUACCCCGAGAACUGUUCUAACAUCUCAGAGUGAUUUAUUGAAGUUCUGCAGACACUCGGAAAGCAUCCCCCCCUCCCCUACGACUCAGUUUUUUGGUGUUUGGUUUCGUAAUCUCGAUGCUGUUGAAGCGCCGUGUCUGGGUCGGAUAAACGACGAGUUAUCUGUCCGAGUUGGACAUUUUUUUUUGUUUUGUUCACCCCCUUUUUGGUCAGUUCGCGGUUCAUACAGUGGACUCACAAACCAAGUGGGCGCCCUGCUAGCCCUCUGGAGGACGUAGUUAUUGUGGAUAUGGAGGAUAUUUUGCUCGUUGAAGUCUUGAAAGUUUAAAUUUUGCGCUGCUUCCCCCCCUCUCCCAAGCGCGAGGUGUGGCCAUGUGUGACGAGGCGGUGCGUCAGACGCGCAGUCAGAAGCGCGCUUUAGAGCGGGAGGCUCUACCCGGGGACUUGGAUGUGAAGAAGGUGAAGCUGGAGGGUGGAGACAGGGAUGAUCGGCCCGUGCUGCGUCCCAGGCCCGAGGCCUCGGCGCGCAGCUCCAAUAUCCUGAGCGCCGGUGAGGUAAAGGCAACCAUUAAAGUGGAGCUGCAGACCAGAGACGAACCUGUGGACAUGAGCACCACUAAAGGCGACAUUAAGAAAGAGAAGCAACCUCAUUCACCAGACGACGUCAUCGUUCUCUCCGAUAAUGAGCCGUCCAGCCCCCAGAUGAACGGAGGGAGCCACUUCAAAGAGCUCGACACAGACCUGCUCAUGAGGAGUAGUCCUGAAGAGAGAGUUCGCAUUAUAAAGACAUUGAAGGAGGAGCUGAGGCUGGAAGAGGCCAGACUGGUAUUGUUGAAGAAACUCAGACAGAGCCAAAUACACAAGGAAACCAAUGUACAGAAGCCCUUAGGUUCAGGCUCUGUGGCCACGCCCCCUCCUCUGGUGAGGGGCUCAGUGACCAACAAAGGAACUCAGCCUCAGGUUCUGUCCAGCCGGAGCUCAACGGGUGUCAUCCCUCCUCCUCUGGUGCGUGGAGGACAGGUGUCCAAACAUGGCUCGCAAAACUCCCAGAUCAUCAUGCCUCCACUGGUCAGGGGAGCUCAGCCGAUCUCUGUGACACCACAGCAGAUCGCGACUCUGCGGCAGCAGCAGCAGCAGUACUCCAGUUCAGGCCCUCCACCCCUGCUGCUGGCUCCUAGAGCAUCUGUGCCCACUGUUCAGGGUCAGAAAAUCAUCCAGCCUGGCCUCAUUCGCGUGGCCAAUGUGUCUAAUGCCAACCUUCUCGUCAACGUCAGUCCAUCGAACACCAACCUGAAGACAUCCUCCACUCAGAGCGCUGUGGCAGGUGCCAACGAGUCUCCUGCCAGCCGACAGGCGGCGGCUAAGCUGGCAUUGCGGAAGCAGCUGGAGAAGACUCUGCUGGAGAUUCCUCCUCCCAAACCCCCUGCCCCCGAAUUUAACUUCCUGCCCUCAGCAGCCAACAAUGAGUUCAUCUACCUGGUGGGCCUGGAGGAGGUUGUGCAGUGCCUACUGGAUGCCCUGGGGAGAGGUAAACAGGGAGGUUCUCAGGCUUCUACCUCCACGGAGCCAUUCACAUGCACUCAGUGUAAGACCGACUUCACCUGCCGCUGGCGUAAGGAGAAGAGCGGUGCCAUCAUGUGCGAGCAGUGCAUGUCCACCAGUCAGAAGAAGUCCCUGAAAGCCGAGCACACCAAUCGACUGAAGGCAGCCUUUGUCAAGGCCCUGCAGCAGGAGCAGGAGAUCGAGCAGAGGAUCCUCCAGCAGGCCUCCUCUCCUGCCUCGCACUCACCUUCCUCCUCAUCCUCCUCAUCCUCGAGCCACCUAGUGAAGUCGGAGCAGCAGGUGAUUGUCUCUCAGCAGAUCAAGCAGCGCUCUUCCUCGCUCCAGCAGCACAGUCGAUCUAACCAGCCAAUCAACCACCACCAUUCCACUAUAACACAGAGUUCUGCUCAGCUGUCCCGCAGUGUUCAGUCAGCAGCGGCCCUGCGUGGUGUCUCUCACUCCUUCUCUCCAGCCUCUCAGCUCCAGAACGCUGUGGCAGCUGCCGCGCUGGUCAGCAGGCCAGGUAAGCAUGCUGUGCUUCAGAGGUCAAAGGUCAGCAGCAGCAGUGCCGGCGGCAGGACCUCUAAGACUGUGACAUCCUCCACCUGGAGGAGGCGGAACAACGCAACACCAGGUGUGACUAUGGCCUAUGUAAACCCCAGCCUGGCCGUGCACAAGUCUUCAUCGUCGGCGGUGGAGCGUCAGAGAGAGUACCUGUUAGACAUGAUCCCCUCCAGAUCCAUCUCCCAGACUGCGAACACGUGGAAAUAACCAGGCCGCGUGCCACCUUCAGCCCAGCUUUUCCUAACGAUCACAAACCUCAGCCCUCUGCAAGAACCUCACCUGGAAUCCUGGAACAGAUUUGGGAGCAGAUCUAGAAUCUCUCUGAGAUUAAUGCGGGAUUAUAGGAAGAGACUCCGGAGUCUCGUUUUCUGUCGUGGAGCGUAUUCCCGAAGAAAACCUUUCGGCUUCUAUUACAACAACUUCUAUUUUCCUCAGUCACCUGGUUUCUGAUCACCCCCCCCACACACACACCCACACACCAUUUUUCAUGUAUGUGUCUUUAAAAAAAAAAUAAAGUUUGAUCAUCAUACAAGAACAGUGAUGUAUGUAAAAGCAAUAGGCUCCGGAUCCACCGUCACCCCGACCAGUUACUGAAGAUGAAUGAAUGAUUGAAAAUAAUGAAACCAAGAAGAUAAUAAAGGUUAAAGGGCUUCCACUUGUGUUUCGCUGCCAGGGCCGUAGAGACUUUUAUUCAUAAGCCUGAACCUGUACUCCAGUGUUCAUGGAGGAGAUGAUGAUGAUGAUGAUGAUGAUGAUGAUGAUGAUGAUGUGCAUCCUGCCUUUUGAAUUCGAGACACAAAAUGAGAGACUGUGUCUAUUCUCAAUAUGAAUCAUGGAACUUUCAUCUCUUUGGAAGAAAACAAAAAACAAAACAAGUAAAUAGGUUUUCCUAAUAAAAAAAUAAACAAAAAACAAAAACAAGACUGGAAAAAAAAAAGAUAAAUAAAUCUUAAGUUACAGAAAACUAAAAGCCAGCAGAGCGACAUGAAGAGCCCUUUACGGCUAAAGGCAGGUUUUUUUGAUUGUAAGUUAUAUAGUGAAUUGAGUCCAAGCUUGACUGGACAUCUCUUUAAAGACAUUGUGCUUUGGAAAAACAAAAAAAAAACAAAAAAAACUGUUUGGUCACUUUUCCUUUUCUUUGCAUUUAGUCCAGUUUGAUCGAGGCUGAUUCCAGUCUCAGUAACACGUCAUGACCCUGAUGAUUUAUUCCACAUGCGGUCCCCCUUGUUCUUCACAAACACGUCUGAGGUUGUUUUUAUAUCCAAUGUUACUCCCAUAACUUUUUAUUCAUGUUUUACGGUUCACAAAAAGACAAAAAAAAAAAAAUAA